CCCAAUGCUUAUUCCUGAAUCAUCCAAGAAGUCCUGCAGUAACAGAAUGGGAAACAACACUUCACAAUCCUCAUCCUCCACUGACAGGGAAAACAGCAGAGAAUGACCUCCUGGAAGCUCUGCUGCAUCUGCACAAUACUGCUGGGAGGGAACUUCUGGUAGAGAAGAGGAAAUACAGCAAAGCUGGACAGUAGCACCGCAGCCCAGAGAGAAGUGCUGCACAGUGCCAGAAUAACUGGAAAUGCAAAGUCCUGUGCAGAUCCACUGUUGAACGACAACACUUCAUGCUUGCAGAACUUCUGCUCACACAAGGCCAGCAAAGCAAGCAUACAGGAGGUGACAUGCAGGUUUCUGAGGACAUCUGUUGGCCUAGCUGUGGCGAGGAGAAGGGCAGCUCGGCUUUCCCCUUGCCUCUUGUGCUGCUGCCCUGCCCCAUCCACCAGGACGGUUGCUCACCCAGUGCCCUGAUGCCUUGUGCCCGGCCACUGCUGCUGCUGGUGGUGGCCUUGUUUGAACUAGAAAGUUUUCCUGGCAGUUCUGCUGGCAUGUGCUACAGACAUAGCAGUGUUGGCAGGAUGCGCUCAAAUUUGGCUGUUUUUUAAAGACGCAAUGUGUCCUCAGAGCAUCAGGCUUUUAUCAGCAGAAGCAGCCUGGCAUUAUGGGAGGCUCACCCAGAACACCUUGUGCUGCGUUUGGUGGAGUGCCUUCUGGUGAUUUCUUGCAGCAUAUUGUGGAGCUGCCAUUGUAUACUUGUUCUUCCUGUACACUGCUUUGCAGAGGAAUGCAAACUUCAAAGAAUAAAAAUACAGAAGAGCCAGAACCUUUCUACAGGCUUUCAGUGCCGAAGCAGAAGACCAGUUCUGAGAUUAUAAAUGAAGCCAGAAAUGAUCUACGAACACUAAGAACUCAGAGGCCAUUUACACCUACAGAGAAUCAAAGGAAACUUUUUGGAUCUGGAUCCUCACUAGCUCCUCAAAAUAGACCUCCUUCGGUUUUUAGUAUUCAUGCUUCCAGUUUUGAUUUGGCGGAAUCAAGACCAGUUUCUGGUGUUCGUCUUAGCCCACUGGAUUAUAAGCCAGUACUAGUCACUUGUGCAAAAGAUGAAGAUCCUUCCACAUCCCUUCCAAAGCCUGCUAUGGAUGCUGCGGAGGUUAGAAAAAUCAGCAGUGCUCGGGCACGCUUAUUUAGAAGAACUUCUCAGGGAAAUGUCUUUCCUGCUAAAAUGGUUCCUCCUGAUCAGAAUGAAGAGAAGCUAGAUUCUGAAGAACCUGCUAGGAUGAGUAAUCUUUGCAGAAGUAGUGAUAUCUGCUUAACAGAGCAAAGGGCAUACACACCAUUUAAUGAUGAAAGUGGACAAUUAAUUUGUAAUGAGCAUAGCGGCAAAUUGGAGAGGGAAGAUGUCCUAAAAGGCACAGCAGGAAACUUUUUAUUUCAGCUAAAAGGUGAAAGAAGUGUCACCUGUGAUGGCAGAUUUGCUGAUGAAGAGCAACCGUUUCCCUGUGACCAGCUGAGAAAGCCUGGUGUAGGUUCAUUGUGGCCAAGAAGUGCAGGGUGGAAGAGAAGACUAACAGGCUUAGAGGAUGACACAAGAAUAAAUGAAUCAGAAGAGGAAAAAAUCUUUUGGCAUAUGGAAGUUCUACCAAUUCUACAGGAACUGAAAAGCGAAGACAAUGUAGAAAAUCUUUGUCUGGCUUGCACCAAACUCUAUCAAGCCUUGAAUGAACGAGAUAUGUUUGGGAAAAGAUUUAAAAGAAGAAGUGUGCUUCUGAAGACGUUAUAUAAACUUGUAGACAUUGAUUCAGAUCCACUUUGCCUGAAGCUGGCAAAGAUUAUUCUCUCUAUGAAAGUGGAUGGAAAAAAUCUUCUCAAUGUCUGCAAGCUUGCAUUUAAAAUUUGCAAGAAUGAAAAAAAUGAUUAUAUCAUUCAAAAUGAUAAAUUAUUGGAUUGUUUAUUGGAGGUCCUGACAACUGAAGAUCUACAAAAAAACAAUGAAGCUCUCCUGUAUUGCAUGGGAGCUAUAAAAUUCAUGUCUGGAAAUGCAGUACUCCUUAAUGAAAUGGUCAGCAAAGGAGCUGUUGAAAUGUUGCUGCAAUUAAUGAAGCAGAUUAAUAACAUAAAAGAAAAUGACGCAUAUUUCUCCAACUUGGGCCACCUAUUAGUCCAGCUGACAGCUACUUUGCGAAACUUGGCUGAUUUAUCUCAGGCAAGAUGCCAACUCAUUUGCAGUGGUGCAGUCUCUGAGCUCUGUGUGGCGCUAGAGCAACGUAUGAACGAUAAGGAUGUGUGCACCUACAUUGUCAGGAUUUUCAGCAAACUUUCUUCCUAUGAUGACUUCUGUGCAGCUUUAGCAGACUGCCCCAGAUGUUACGUCUUAUUUUUAGCCCUACUAAGCAAACACCAGAAGCAGCAGGAUUUGGUUAUCCGUAUCAUCUUCAUUCUUGGUAAUUUAACAGCAGAGAAUAACCAGGCCCGUGAGCAACUUUUUAAAGAAAAAGGAAGUCUUAACACCUUGAUAUCAUUAUUUCAAACCUACCAUGAACUUGACUUGAAUGCGGAGAAAUGGUGCCAUAUAAGAGGAAGGGAAGAAGAAAAACAAACAAAACAUCCUUCAGAAGCAGAAAGUGUUCUGAUAAAACUGAUAAGAGUGCUGGCCAAUCUCUCCAUUCACCCCAGUGUAGGAGCAGCUUUGGCAGCUGCCCAUCGUGUUGUAGAAUUACUUGUUACAGUACUAGAAUAUAAGUCAAUUGACGUCUGUGAGGAGUUGGUCAUCAAUGCUGCAACAACAAUCAACAAUUUAUCCUUCUACAAAGUGAAGGGUUCUGCUGUUCAAGACAAGAAGCUACACAUUGCUGAAAUGCUUUUAAAGCUGUUGAUGAGCAACAGUAUGGAUGGAGUUGUGGAGGCUGUCAGAGUCUUUGGCAAUCUUUCCCAGUAUCAUGAGAUCUGUGACUUCAUCGUACAGAAAAAGAUAUACAAGUUCGUGAUUGCCUUACUUGAUGCCAAGAAUCAAGAUGUCUGUUUUUCUGCCUGUGGAGUUCUGCUCAAUCUCACAGUGGAUAAGGACAAACGAGCUCUCCUGAUGGAAGAAGGAGGAAUUAGGAAGUUAGUCGACUGUUUACGAGACUUUGGGCCAGCGGACUGGCAGUUGGCUUGUCUGAUAUGCAAAACCCUGUGGAACUACAGUGAAAACAUCACAAGUGCAGCCUCAUGCUUUGGAGAAGAUACUGACACGUUGCUGGUGCUGCUCACAUCGCUCUUAGAUGAAGAGCUAGUACUGGAUUACAGCCUCGACAGAGAUUUAAGGGACUACCACAAACUAUAUUGGGAAAGAGAGUUCAAACCUGUGGCAGAAAAACUUCUUGACAGAAUUCAAAGCCAUCACUCCUUUGUUCCAACUGUGACCAUUACUGCGUUUUAAUCAGUCAUGAUAUUUUUUUGUGAUGUAGAUUGUACAGCUAUAGAUUUCUAAUAUACCUGUUCGUUGCCAUUGGUAAGUAUGUUGGGGAGCACAGGAAGAUAAUUUUUAGAAAGUUAGUAGAGCCUGGCGUUUAUAUACUGGAUACUACCUUCUGAGAAGUUUGUAUG